GGGCAGUCAAGCACAUUUCAAGAUGUUGUCAUUGGUACAUCAUGGGUAAUGACGGAAUGAAGAGCCUGCUGCGGUAGAAAUAUGCUGGUGAAGAGCCUUGAACAAAUCUCCCUUUGCCAUUGCUGCAUCUACAUAUUGGCAUUUAUAAGAGCUGUGCCAACAAACCAUAACUCCUGUGUACAGGACGUGGAAAACCGAGUCUACUUGAAUUCAUGCUGCCAAUUUCAACGUUCCUUUGUAAAGCUUGGCAAGCGAACUCGGAGGAUUCUGCUUCAAAAAGGUGUCAAAGAGGCCCGCAGCAAAAGGAUUGGUACCAAUAUACAAAGAGGAUAUACCAAGUAUGUUCCGCUGGAGGCACACGCAGUGCCUCAAUGCUGUACGCCAAGCGUUACGCCAAGGGUGCUUUCUCUCUCCGAGGUGCACCGUUUGAAACGUUUGGAACCUCAUGGAACCUCACACCUGAAACGUGCCAACACCGCCGCAAGGCUGCCGAAGUGUCAGAAGCUGCUGUGCUCAAUAAGAUGCUCAGCUGAGCUUCCCCAAGCUGAGGACAUCUGACAUGUUCAAAGCACUGUGCUGUCUCGGGUCGUCUUUGCCCCCGAGCAACACUGAAU